CCUGCUUUUCUUCUUCAGUGUCUGCAUCUCCUACUUAUCCAGUGUGGCAAUUUAUGACCAAGGUGAACCCCAAAAUAAGGAGUAGCAACGUAAGAUGGCCAAGGAUUCUGUCCGACUUCCCCACAACCGAGAUGUAUCACCUGUUACUCCCCCUCCCCAAACUGGGCUUACAGGAAGAAGUCCUUCUGCCAAGCCAUUCACAUAUGUGGCUCUUUGCUUCAUGCUAUCCCAAAAAAACAUAGUUUUCUUCUAUUUCCAUGAUACCACUUUAUCUAGACAUCUUCUUCUGCCAAAGUCUUGAACUAAGGAAUGUCCCCAGAGCCUUAUCAUCUUAUCUCACCUUUCCUCGUGCCACUAUCUUGGUUGUCAACUGGACUGGAUCGGGACACAGCUCCAACCCAAGGCACUAGGCAUUCCUGUGAGAGACUCUCAAUCAGAUUAUCUGAAGCAGGAAGACCCACCCUAACUGUGGGCAGUGCAUACUGGAGGCAGCGCAGAUAAAAGAGCACGGAAGAUGGAAAGAUCUGCUUUUUGCUUGCUUGCCUUUACUCUUGCUGGCAAGUGCAUCCAUCCUGUGGUGGAGGCAUCCCUUCACGGGCAUCAGAAGCUUGUCCUUGGGGCCUUCCAACACAUACUGAAGACCAGCAGCUCUGCAGGAACGCUCCAGGCCUUCCAAGCCAGGUCAGGCUGCUGAGACAUCCAGCCUUACAGACUAGGAAACUAACUACAGGCUGCAAUUGUUGGACCACCAGGAGCAAAUCAUUGAACGGCAGGAGUGGAUAGAACCCGCAGCGGAGCCGGUGCGGCCUGAGAGAGAUUUGACGCUCUGACUCCACAGUCUGAGGCAUGGAAUGAAAGCCACAGACAGAAAAUGACAGCCCAGCCUCUAAAAGCAGCUCUUCCUUUGCUCUUCGUUGCCCUGUCCGGAGUCCUGGGGACACCAGUAAUCUCGUGCAUAAACGAAGAUGGUAAAGCCGUGGACUGGUUUGCCUUUUAUAAGUUACCCAGAAGGACCAGCAGAGGAGGUACAGGGAUGGGGCUGGAUUACCUGUACCUGGACUCCACAAUGAGAACCUGGAGCAAGAGCCACCACCUGAUUAACAGCAGCAGGAGCUCCCUGGGAAGGACCCUGGAGCAGCUGUAUGAAGCACACAAUGCCAAGAAUGACACAGCCUAUCUGAUAUACAAUGACGCUGUCCCUGCAUCUGUGAAUUACAGCGGAAAUUACGGGCAUGCCAAAGGUCUGCUGGUAUGGAACAGAGUGCAGGGGUUCUGGCUGAUUCAUUCUAUUCCCAAGUUUCCCCCAGUUCCGGAAAAAGGCUAUGAAUACCCAAACUCGGGGAGGCAAUAUGCACAAAGUGGCCUCUGCAUCACUCUCAAAUACAGCCAGUAUGAGACAAUAGAUUCUCAGCUCUUGGUCUUCCAGCCAAACAUCUACAGCUGUUUCAUCCCAAACAUCUUUCGCUGGGAACUCAUCCACAUGCCUCAGAUGUGUGCCAAGUCCAGUGCCUCAAAGAUCCCUAGCCGGCGCCUCACUGUACUUCAGUCAGCCCAGGGUCUAAACUUCCUCCAUUUUGCGAAAUCAACUUUUUAUACUGAUGACAUCUUUGCAGCCUGGAUAGCUCAAAAGCUGAAGGUGCAUUUGCUGGUAGAAUCCUGGCAGCGAAAGAACCACGAGCUUCCUUCAAACUGUUCCCUGCCUUACCAUGUCUACAACAUCAAGGCCAUUCGGGGACCUCUGCAGUCCGACUUCCCUUCUCAUCACGACCAUUCCAAAUGGUGUGUUUCCACAAAGGACUCUCAGGCUCGCUGGACCUGUAUUGGAGACCUAAAUCGGAGCCCACAUCAAGCCUUGAGAAGUGGAGGAUUUAUCUGUUCGAAGAAUCGGUACAUUUACCAGUCAUUUGAUAGGUUAGUUUCCCAUUAUGCCUCCUGUAACUAAGCUUGGGGAAAGGUCCCACCCACUGCCCUUAAAGACACUGGCUCUGGGACAUCUUGCCUUGGAUCUAUUCUCCAUAUGUUAAAGGUUUCUGAGUGUCCUAACAUCUCAUCCAAUAAAAAACUAUGAGUCCACAUUUACCAUUCUGCGUUCACAUCAGGAGAAAUCUGAGCCAUUUGUGUUUAUCAAAUUAGAAAUCCAAAUCAUGGUAUGUAAAUAGCAUGGGGGAAAUAGAAUAAAAUAUUUUCUUCCACCA